AUGGCUGCAGGAUUACUCGACCCCUCCCACCCUAACGAACUCCAAAGCGCAUCUGCUCCCUCCCCCCGGCCCGAUAUGGCAUCGGACGACAUUCAUCAGGGAGAGAAGAACUUGGUGUCCUCGGUGCGACCGCCCCAUCAGCGACGGUUGAGUCCCUUUGUCAUCUCUGGUCGUCCGGAAGAGAAACAACUAGGUAUCUCGACUCGUCGGCUGAAUGUCAAUGACUUCACGCUGCUGAAGACACUCGGUACCGGUACCUUUGCUCGCGUGUGGCUCGCGCAGUUGAAGGAUGAGCAGCAACGAAAGGACAAAGUCUACGCGCUCAAAAUGCUCAGGAAAGCGGACGGUGAAGACAUCCUUUUCAUGCCUCCAGCUAUUCCGGUGGUAAAUCUAAUCGUCAUAUCUUCUACAGUGAUCAAAUUGAAGCAAGUCGAGCAUGUGCGCAACGAACGGAAGACCCUCGCGGACGUUUCUGGGCAUCCCUUUGUUACCACGUUAAUAGCAUCUUUUUCCGAUGACCAACACCUUUACAUGUUGUUGGACUAUUGCCCGGGAGGCGAAAUUUUCAGCUACUUGCGGCGCGCACGCCGUUUCAACGAAAACACAUCCAAAUUCUACGCGGCUGAGAUCGCCUUGACGAUAGAAUUCCUUCAUGACGUUGAAGGUGUCGUUUAUCGCGAUCUGAAGCCUGAGAACAUUCUUCUUGACGCGGAGGGACAUAUUAAGCUGGUUGAUUUCGGCUUUGCCAAGCAAAUCGCAGACCGUGAGACCUAUACACUGUGUGGCACGCCUGAAUAUCUUGCACCCGAAGUCAUCCACAACAGUGGACACGGUCUUGCAGUCGAUUGGUGGGCUUUGGGGAUCCUCAUCUACGAGUUUCUGGUAGGACAGCCUCCGUUCUGGGACCAGAACCCAAUGCGCAUCUACGAGCAAAUCGUAGAAGGCCGAAUUCGAUUUCCCCAGAACAUGUCGCCCGCUGCGCAGAAUAUCAUUUCCCUCCUGUGCAAGACCAAUCCGACCGAGCGACUAGGAUAUAUCUCUGGGGGCUCCGCACGAGUAAAAGCCCACCCCUUCUUUGAAAACAUCAAUUGGGACGACUUGUGGUACCGGCGAGUCAAGGGACCCAUUAUUCCACGAGUCGACCACCCUGCCGAUACUGGCAACUUUGAGGAAUAUCCUGAUCCGGAUGAGCGAAACCAGACACCUUACUCUGACGAUAUGAGGAAUAAGUAUGAGCCGUUGUUCGCCGACUUCUGA